AUGUUUAUGACAAGAAGUGAAUAUGAUAGAGGUGUAAAUACAUUUUCACCUGAAGGUCGUCUUUUUCAAGUUGAAUAUGCUAUUGAAGCAAUUAAAUUUGGUACAACAGCUAUUGGAAUUAUGACACAAGAAGGUGUUGUCUUAGCUACGGAAAAACGUAUUACAUCCGUACUUAUUGAACCACGUAGUAUCGAAAAAAUUGUUGAAGUUGAUGAACAUUGCGGUUGUGCUAUGUCUGGCUUAAUUGCUGAUGCAAAAACAUUAAUUGAUAAAGCUCGUGUUGAAGCACAAAAUCAUUGGUUUACACAUAAUGAACGUAUGACAAUUGAAUCGAUAACUCAAUCUGUAUCAAAUAUGGCAUUAGCAUUUAGCGAUGAUUCAGAUGAAGUUGCACCUAUUUCACGUCCAUUUGGUGUUGCACUUUUAUUUGCUGGUUGGGAUGAAACUGGUCCACAUUUAUUUCAUCUUGAUCCAUCAGGUACAUAUACAGAAUAUGAUGCUAAAGCCAUUGGAUCAGGUAGUGAAGGUGCUGAUCAAACACUUCAAGAUGUUUAUCAUAAAUCAAUGAAAUUAUCAGAAGCAUGUAAACAUGUUUUAACAAUUCUUAAACAAGUUAUGGAAGAAAAAUUGAAUGCAACUAAUGUUGAAAUGGCUACAGUUGAUGCUAAAGGUUAUCGAUUAUUUAAAAAAGAAGAAAUAGAUGACAUUAUUAAAAAUAUGUAA